CUAGCUUUAGCUUCUCUGGAAUUCUGGAACUAGUCAAAGUUCAAAACCAGAAUAUUGUCUGCCCGCCGACUGUAGAGAAGGGAACGUCUCCAUUUCCUAAUCAAUAUUUUCUCACUGUCUUCUUCCGGCCGUCGAGGAUUCCUUGAAAGAAACGCCCUGGGAAAUACUAGACAAUGUGAUGACUCAAGUCUUCAUGAAACUUGACAAAACUCAGGACAUUUCAUGUAAAUCUUUCAACUCUCUUCAAACUCCGGAACACCCUUUUCUGUCAUUACAUCACUCUCCUUGUGACCAUCUUUAGCUACAUAAACCAUGCCUUGGGCAACUCUCAGAAUCCACCGAGCACCAUUCUCCCUUUAUCCAGCGCUUCCCCCGUGGUGCUUUAAGUUUCUUCUUGACAAGUGUUAACUCCCAAAGACUAAGCUACCGUCAAUUCUUUCAUAUGUUUAGUUCUUUCGAAGUUUGCUUUAUAAAACAUUUUUGGUAAUUUAUAAUCUUAAGAGUUGUAAUAGCAGUUUAAAAAAAAAAGAAAGAAAAAGCAUCAUGGCAUCAGCAUUGUCUGGAGAUGACCUUGCCAGGUCGAUGAGCAACCGGUCAAUGAGCCGGAUGAUGAGUUUGGGUUCAGGAAGCAAAAGAGGUUGGGCUUCAGCUAGUAUCCGGGAGGCAUGGAAUAGUCAGACAGAUGUUUUCCAGAGAAGUGGGAGGGAAGAAGAUGAGGAGGAGCUCAAGUGGGCUGCCAUUGAAAGGCUUCCUACUUAUGAUCGUUUGAGAAGGGGAAUGCUGAAGCAUGUUCUGGAUGAAGGAAAGGUUGGCUAUGAGGAAGUUGAUAUUACCAAUCUUGAUAUGCAGGACAAGAAGAAUCUCAUGGAAAGUGUACUAAGGGUUGUUGAAGAGGAUAAUGAGAGGUUUCUUCUUAGACUUAGGGAGAGAAAUGAUAGGGUGGGAAUUGAUGUCCCAAGAAUUGAAGUAAGGUUUGAGCAUUUAUCUAUAGAAGGAGAUGCUUACCUUGGAACCAGGGCUCUUCCAACUUUGCUGAAUGCAACCUUGAACACAAUUGAGGGAGUUCUUGGCUUAAUCAAGCUUUUCCCUUCUAAGAAAAGAGUGGUCAAUAUACUCCGUGAUGUGAGUGGAAUAGUGAAACCAUCAAGAAUGGCUCUACUUCUAGGACCUCCAGGAUCUGGAAAAACUACAUUGCUGCAGGCGCUCGCUGGGAAGACCGGCACUGAUCUAAGGGUAUCAGGAAAAAUCACUUAUUGUGGUCAUGAAUUUCACGAGUUCUUCCCUCAAAGGACAAGUGCUUAUAUAAGUCAACAUGAUCUUCACCAUGGAGAGAUGACGGUUAGGGAGACACUUGAUUUCUCAGGGCGGUGCUUGGGGGUUGGAACUCGAUAUGAUCUCUUGGCAGAGUUGUCAAGGCGAGAAAAACAAGCAGGGAUCAAACCAGACCCUGAGAUUGAUGCAUUUAUGAAAGCUACAGCAAUGGCAGGCCAAAAGACUAGUCUAGUUACUGACUAUGUGCUCAAGAUUCUCGGACUGGAUAUAUGUUCUGAUAUUAUGGUGGGUGAUGAAAUGAGAAGGGGCAUAUCUGGUGGACAAAAGAAACGUGUAACUACAGGAGAAAUGUUGGUUGGACCUGCCAAGGCUCUUUACAUGGAUGAGAUUUCAACUGGUCUUGAUAGUUCUACGACUUUUCAGAUUGUAAGGUUUAUGAAGCAGAUGGUGCAUAUCAUGGAUGUAACUAUGAUAAUCUCUCUUCUGCAACCUGCACCAGAAACCUAUGACCUUUUCGAUGACAUUAUCUUACUUUCUGAGGGUAAGAUAGUGUAUCAAGGACCACGAGAAAAUGUUCUUGAAUUCUUUGAAAGUGUGGGAUUCAAAUGUCCUGAGAGAAAAGGAGUCGCAGAUUUCUUACAAGAAGUAACGUCCAGAAAGGACCAGCAGCAGUAUUGGUGCAGAAAGAAUGAACCUUAUCAAUAUAUAUCUGUACCAGAGUUCGUGGAGCAUUUCAACUCUUUCCACAUUGGUCAAAAGCUCGAUGAUGAACUUAGAAUUCCUUAUGAUAAAUCUAAAGCUCAUCCAGCUGCUUUGGUGAAAGAGAAGUAUGGAAUCUCAAACUGGGAACUUUUCAAGGCUUGCUUUGCAAGAGAGUGGCUAUUGAUGAAGCGCAACUCUUUCGUGUAUAUAUUCAAGACCACUCAAAUUACCAUUAUGUCUGUCAUUGCUUUCACAGUGUUUUUUAGGACAAAAAUGAAGGCUGGUCAUAUAUCAAAUGGAGUGAAAUUCUAUGGUGCACUGUUCUUUAGUCUCAUUAACGUUAUGUUUAAUGGGAUGGCAGAGCUUGCACUGACCAUAUUUAGGCUUCCAGUAUUCUUCAAACAAAGGGAUUUCUUGUUUUAUCCAGCAUGGGCCUUUGCCUUGCCAAUUUGGGUCCUUAGGAUCCCCCUUUCUUUGCUAGAGUCAGGGAUAUGGAUCAUCCUCACAUACUACACUAUUGGUUUUGCUCCAGCUGCUAGUAGGUUUUUCCGUCAAUUCUUGGCGUUCUUUGGUAUUCACCAGAUGGCUCUCUCUCUCUUCCGCUUCAUUGCUGCAGUUGGAAGGACACAGGUUGUAGCAAACACACUUGGUACCUUUACCCUCCUCGUAGUUUUUGUCCUUGGUGGAUUUGUUGUAGCCAAAGAUGACAUCAAGCCAUGGAUGAUAUGGGGCUACUAUGUCUCUCCCAUGUCAUAUGGACAAAAUGCCAUUGUCAUCACUGAAUUUCUUGACAAAAGAUGGAGUGCUCCUUACCCUGUGUCAUCUAAUGAAUCGACCACAGUAGGGAAGAUUCUUCUCAAAUCCAGAGGCAUGUAUACAGAAGAGCACUGGUAUUGGAUUUGUGUUGCUGCACUCCUUGGAUUUUCUCUGCUUUUUAAUCUCUGUUUUAUUGCGGCAUUGACAUAUUUGAAUCCUCUGGGAGAUUCCAAAUCUGUUGUUCUGAGUGAAGAUGAUGAGAGUAAGAGCAAGAAGCAGUCAUCUUCUGAUGGACAGCAUAAUUUGAGAUCCAUAGAAAUGAGUAAAACGUCAACCGCUGCAUUGUUUGAAGGCACUGAUGAUACGACUGUGAAGAAUACUCCUGACAACUCAAUACUUAGUGCUGCAGACCAGGCACCUACAAAGAGAGGAAUGGUGUUGCCCUUCCAACCCUUGUCACUUGCAUUUAACCAUAUGAAUUACUAUGUUGACAUGCCUGCUGAAAUGAAGAGCCAAGGAAUUGAAGAGACCCGUCUUCAAUUACUGCGAGAUGUAAGUGGUGCUUUCAGGCCUGGUGUCCUAACAGCAUUGGUUGGGGUUAGUGGCGCUGGAAAGACCACCUUGAUGGAUGUGCUCGCAGGAAGAAAAACUGGUGGGUAUAUUGAUGGAAGUAUUAGCAUUUCUGGCUACCCGAAGAACCAAGAAACUUUUGCUCGGGUUAGCGGCUACUGUGAACAAAAUGAUAUCCAUUCUCCACAUGUUACUGUCUAUGAAUCUCUUGUGUACUCUGCAUGGCUUCGUCUUGCAAAGGAGGUUAAUGCAGAAACACGAAAGAUGUUUGUUGAAGAAGUAAUGGAGUUGGUAGAGCUAAAUCCUCUCAGGAAUUCUCUAGUUGGCCUUCCAGGAGUUGAUGGCCUUUCAACCGAACAGAGAAAGAGGCUAACAAUAGCUGUUGAAUUGGUUGCUAAUCCCUCGAUCAUCUUCAUGGAUGAACCAACUUCAGGCCUUGAUGCUAGAGCAGCUGCAAUUGUCAUGCGUACUGUGAGAAAUACAGUGGAUACGGGGAGAACCGUGGUCUGCACAAUUCACCAACCAAGCAUAGACAUUUUUGAAGCUUUUGAUGAGUUAUUCUUGAUGAAGAGAGGAGGACAGGCCAUUUACGCUGGACCACUUGGACUCCAUUCUCACAAACUUAUAGAAUACUUUGAAGCUGUACCAGGGGUUCCAAAAAUCAAAGAAGGUUACAAUCCUGCCACAUGGAUGUUGGAAAUUAGUUCAACUGCUGUCGAGGCCCAACUUGAUGUAGAUUUUGCUGAAAUUUAUGCCAAAUCUGAACUUCAUAGGAAAAAUGAGGAGCUUAUCCAAGAUUUAAGCACCCCAGUACCUGGAACUAAGGACCUUCACUUCUCCACCAAAUAUUCUCAAGACUUCUUUACUCAAUGUCGAGCCUGCUUCUGGAAGCAGCACUGCUCGUAUUGGAGGAACCCACAAUACAAUGCCAUCCGAUUCUUCAUGACAGUUAUUGUUGGUAUCAUAUUUGGAAUGAUUUUCUGGGACAAAGGGGAUAAGAUACACAAGCAACAAGAUCUAAUGAAUCUGCUGGGAGCUAUGUACUCUGCUGUCCUUUUCCUUGGCGCCACCAACACUUCAGCAGUACAAUCUGUUGUGGCAAUUGAAAGAACAGUCUUUUAUCGUGAAAGAGCAGCAGGAAUGUAUUCACCAUUGCCUUAUGCAUUUUCUCAGGUGGCAAUAGAGGCAAUAUAUGUUUCAAUCCAAACAUUGGUAUAUAGUUUACUGCUUUACUCAAUGAUUGGAUUCCACAUAGAUGUUGGAAAGUUCUUGUUGUUCUACUACUUCAUAUUGAUGUGCUUCAUGUACUUCACACUCUACGGGAUGAUGCUUGUGGCUCUCACUCCUAACCAUCAAUUUGCUGCCAUUGUUAUGUCCUUCUUUCUAAGCUUCUGGAACCUGUUUUCUGGUUUCCUCAUCCCUAGGACGGAAAUUCCAAUUUGGUGGAGGUGGUACUAUUGGGCUUCUCCAGUUGCAUGGACAAUCUAUGGCCUGGUGACUUCCCAAGUGGGUGACCAACUUGCUCCUGUUGAUAUACCAGGAGAACCCGAACUGACUGUGAAAAAUUACCUUGAGACACACCUAGGGUUUGACUAUAGUUUCCUUCCAGCAGUUGUUGUAGCCCAUAUUGGCUGGGUCCUUCUCUUCUUAUUUGUCUUUGCCUAUGGAAUCAAGUUCCUUAACUUCCAAAGGAGGUGAGAAAAUGCCCCAACAUUUUCUUUGUGCAUGAAUAAUUGUGUGAAGGGGGGAUUUGUUAAUGUCUAUUGUUUGUUUAUCAUAAAAAAUUUGUAUAAUCUGAACAGUUGGGGUACUCAUAUCCUGCAUUGUUCUUUGAUUCCAAUAAAAGAUAUUCUCUUAUUAUUGUCUACCAGGGUUCUUCAUGCUCCCUCUUAGUAUAUUCCUUUCUUUGGAGCAAGCGAGAAACAAAGCAGAUCAGCUUUCUUGCUGUUGUAUCCAUUUGCGAUACUCCCUCUAUCUUCAAACUCAUGGAAUUCAGAAUUAAGCUAGAAAUUAAGGCAUCUCUACUGAUAUAAUGUACUCA